AUUUCGGGGUAGUUGUUUAAAAUUGGUUAUGUCAUAACUGGUAAUAUGGUUCGACAUUUUGACAUUAUGAGGGCAUAAUUUUAGUCAAUUUCGUCAAGUAUAAAAUGUAAAAAAAAAUCGUUUUCACACUAUUGGACUUAUUACACUGUGAAUUAACAUCGAUAUGAAGGAGCAGAAUGACAUCGGCUGGAAAUCAUUAAGUAGGUUGAAUUGACUUUCGUACCAUCGACAGGAUAAAAGCAGUAUCUAUUUCGUACCCCUAAAAAACGAUGUAUCCUUAGUCGACAAAGCUUUGAGAGAAAAGCCGGUCGAUAAACUUGAAGAAACCAACCCAGAAUUGUCCAAAUAUUCCAGUAUAUCAACGUUGAAAAACAUCUGGCCUGCAAAUUAUUUACGGCAGAGAAAAGACUGCACGAAAGUAUCGCGGCUGAAAAGACAUCGGUUUCCGCCAUCGUUGCUCGCUUCAAAAGCCGCCGAUUUCUGGCAAACGUUGUUGCCUUUGAGAGUAAAUUGUUCCUGCUCAUCCUUAUCCGUUAGUGACAAGUCUACUUCCAGGUUUGAUCAAUCGGAAGAUCGUGGAUCAUUUAAUGGUAUCCACGAAUGUCCAUUAUAUUUUUCUUUUUUCUCCUUUCGAAAGAUCGUCCUUUGGGUCCCCAAGCCCUGAAGAAAAUUUCAGCUCUUCGAACAGCUCAAUUUCUCCUGUCAAAGAAUUUUGUACUCGAGAAACUCUUGGUGACACUUUCGAACACACUUGCAUAACGUUUAAAUUGUUCAUAGAUCGCAUAGUCAAAUUAGUGAACAUUCCGCUAAAAAUUUCAAAAUCGUCGUCGAACCACGUCUUUUCCGGAUCAAAUUCACAAAUCUAUCCAUCUCUAAUUUGGCAUCAAAAAUUGAACGAGGAUCUGGAAAUUGUUGACGAGUAUAGACCACAGUGCGAAAUUUUUGAUACGGAAGAAACAGAAAAAACAUCGCAAAGCUUUUCGAAGUUCGAAAUAGCUGAGCAAAAAAGGCAAUAAUUUUUAUUUCGUUAGGAAUUUUUUGUAAUCACAAAUAAAUCGCGCGAACGUGAGUAUCAAUGUAAAUUUCAGACGUAUGACAUUUUCCACUCAACCGACUCUCAGAAAAGUUACGAGGAGCGCAUUGACCAAAGAAGAACUCUGCUAUUUCUUGGAGUACAAAAAAACUUUGCUAUCAGAAUAUUUCCAGCUCAAAGCAGACUCGGCGGAUUUGAAAAAAAAUCUGAAUAUCUCUGAUCAAAAGGCUUUUGUCUACGGGACGCAAAGUGAUUCUAGGCUACGGGAAAACGACUUAUUUCAGUUCGUUCAAUUUAUCAGAGCACGAAGGAAAAAUGAGACCGGACGUAUUCCAGAAAAAAACGCAAUCAGUUCAUCGGAGUGUGUGAAAUUGCAAACAAAGCUGACGACUUCGACUCCAUCAGUGAAAGAAGAAGAAAGCGGUAAUCUGGUGGUUAAUAAACGCCGCGUCACUUUCAGCAACCCUUUGGCAGUGGAUUCCACGACGGCUUUAAAUUCUUACUCUUCAGACAGCGUCGAGGACAUCUCGUCAGAAUUGAGUUUUACCACUUCGUCUGAUUGUGAGUUGCACUUAACAAGCGGCGAUGAAAAAUUAUGUAUUGAAUCGCCAGGCGUAUCACCUUUCUUAGAUUCCCUUGUUCCAAUCGAGGAACCGUUCGUAACUCCGACGGUCAGUUUGAACUCUUUGUCUUCAAAAACUGGAGAUUCGGGAUCAAAAAUAAUAAUGACGGAGGCGAAAGUCACGAUAACGGAAGUGGAAAAUCAUUCCGACGAAUCAAUCGACGUCAGCGCGAAUAUAUCCGGUGAAAAUUUCGAUUCACGGCCGACCGAAAAUCUUGAAGAACCGUCGGAAGUGAAUGAUGAAGCGAAACGUAGACAAUCAGGAUUUUUGAUGGCGAAAAUACUGGAUUCCGGGACCAUUAAUGAGCCAGGAAUCUAUGAAGCUCAUGUUGGUAACAGCCGGAAAAUUGACAAUAAAACUGCCAGAUUUACUUUUGAGGAAACCAGCCCGCAACAGAACGGUGAGAGACAUUUGAAAAGGAAAAUACGUCAGAUGAAAAUCGCCGGAAGGUAUUCGAUCCUUGACGAAGAUGAAAAUUCAAAUUGCGCAUUCGAAAACGAAUCGAUGUGCAGAAGUAAAAUGAUAAAAUUCAGUAACGUGGAAAAUUGCGAAACACGUCUGGACAAGCGAAUAGUAAAUAAUAGCUAUAGGUCCCGUGAAGAUCAGCAGAGUAGUGAAACCGACUCGGAUGAAUGUUCAUAUUCACGAGUACCUUUACCGAAAAGUGUUGCCUUCCAGGAUCAUCGUUGCAAAGCCAUGAUCAGCGACCAAUCGAUUGCCUCUGAUAAAGAGCAAUCCGAAGACAAAUCUGAUAUGACUGGCCGGUAUGAAUUCGCCUUCGAGGGCUGUUGGGUUCAGCAAGUCGGUACGAACGUUAUUCAAGGCUCAGAUAAUUUAAUAAAAAAAGAUCCCACGAAGGAUGAGGAUUCUCGACUAUUUGAACUAAGUACACCUAAAGUUCCAGUGGAUGACGACGAAAAUUCGAAUCAAAGUGAACCCCUGAUGGGAUUAGGGAUUCACGAGGGACUCAGAAAUCCCGAAAUUUGGAGAGCGGACAUUACGUCACAACCCACAAUUAAUUAUGAAUCAGGCUGGGCCGUGGGAUAUAAUUGGGACCGAAAUUUACAGGAAACGACCGGAAUUAAAAAACGUAGCGAUUGGCUGAUGCGCAAAUUGGAGGAGCUGCGAUUGGGUCCAGAUACAGACCACGAGUCGGAUUAUUACGUAGAUUCAGAUAUGGAGUCAUAUUUUGGGUGCGAAAAAAGCCUGUCCCUGGUAAAAAAGUCUAUUUCGAAUAUCGACUUUCAUUCUGAGAAGCGUGGAAGUUUUAACAUGAAGAGAGGUAGACUUUGUCCAAAUUUAUUCCUGCAGGAUGAUGUUUGGUCGGGCAAAAGAAUUUUUAUCAACGAAUGUCGGUGCCAUAAAAAUCCCCCAAGUAACAGGUACGAAUUGGGACGUAGAAAACAUGAGAUCCGACACUCGCAUUCUCAAGAAUUUCACCAAUUUUUGAACCAUAACUUUUUCUUACAUUCAAGAGCGAGGCUCCUUUUAGACUCGGAAACAGAAGAAUCGGGUCUUUCUCCAUCGAUUCAACCCGAAUUUCCAUAUGAUUUUACCCGAAAUGAUAAUUACAUCAACAAAAUAAAAUGUAGACGGUUCGUCAACUCGCCAAAAAGCAUUGAAAGCGGUCUAGGGGUCUUUCCGAAAAAAAAUUAUAGACAAUUUUCAUCCCACAAACCUUUGAAAACGACUUUCAAAAAAUCCUUCAAUUCGGCGGGUGUGCACAGCGUCGUGUCCACCCACACUGUGGGCACAAGUGUUUCAGAAAAGAAUCACCGCUGCUACAUGAUGGACGUCAGCAUCGACACGGUCGAUCUCUGUCGAUGCAAAUCUACAGAAACCGAACGUCAUUGUUUCGAAUCAAUUUUUACGAACUCUGAAAAAGGCUGCCAGACUCAGGACUUGUUUAGAGAUUCGAAAAAUUCAUUCGAACGGGCUCCGGAUCUUCGUGAACCAUCGCUGAAUUCCAACAACGCAAAUACCUCUUCGCAAUUUAAUUUACAGACAGACAAAAACGACGGCCAGUACAUUUCAAAUACUAUUGCGAAUUUGGCCACGGAGAUAAACGAUGCGAGCAAUAAUCUCGCGAGAUUGAGAUUCUGUGAGAUCGAGACCACACGUGCCAACGUUGGCAGCAACUAUUUGCUCAAGGGUCGCUUUCAAAAUGGCACUAAAUCAGCAGAAUCCCCAUUUAAAUUCUCAAACCUCGCCGGACCAAUCGAAAUAUCUGAGAAAAAUUGCAGUCUUCCAGCCGGCUCAUCUGCUCCAGAGAAAUCGACAUGUCCAAUUUGCGAUGAUCGAAAUAAACCCACUGGAAGAUACGUGCUGCCCGCAUGUAUCGUGAAGGGAGGAGUUCACGAUAAAAGAAAAAAUGAAAAAGAUCCCUGGAACCGCGUUAUGGAACGAGCCAAAGUUCCGCAUCGGUAUGAACUACGGAACUCAUCUGUAUCCAGAAGCGAAACCAUUCGUUGACCUCACCCAAUGUCGCCCACUUUGACUCCUAUUGUUUAUUCGGAAGACCUUGAGAGUCGACAGAAUUCUCUUACCGGUGGUUCGUCCCACGAAGAAGAAAUCGGAAUGCAGAUUGUACAGGUCGAGAAUGAUUCUUCUCCAGUUUCCCCACCGCAGGACUACAUUUUGGAAAUGGAAAAGGUAUCUUAUAACGAUAAAUUAGAUGAAUUCAGAUCAAGAUAUCCGCAGAAA